CAACCCUGCUACUAGUUUCGGUCACGAUCGGUGGACGUUCACCUUUUUUCAUACAACGGCUGUGACCAUCGGGGCGUACCUAACAAGUUAAGCAACACCAUAUCAAUUUAUUUGGAUGACAUGACACCAUGACAGUUCCUUUAAUAGAACUCGUGAAUAAGUGCAUAGUACUGGGAGUACCGCAAGCGCCAUCUAUGACGUAGAUUUGAAAUGAUUCAAAUGUCGCGUGUCACUGACUUGCGGAACGCAGCCUUCUGUAGAGUUUUCUAACCUCAAUUUGAUUUGACAUCAGUCGUACUGUUUACGUUUUUGGUCGAGUUAUAACGCGUUUCAAAAGAAAAUUGAAAGUGAGUUUUCAGUGAAAUUACAAAAUGCCAGUUCCUCAUCGACCCGCCAGAGACAUGGCUUUGAUGCCUGCCCCUGAACCUUCCGGUGCCGUAGCUACCCAAGGUGACAUACAGCAACCAAGACCUCCAACAAGUCUCCAGGGGCUCCUUAGGUUCUGUAUGGAGGCAACCAAAGCAGAAGAUGCUCCACAUGAUUCAGAAUUCCAAGCUAUGGAUGACGAGAGAAGAACGUUUUUGGAGAAUGCUCUGAAAGCCUUGACUGUCGAUGUAGUGGAGGAAUUACAAAGGCAGAUUAACAUUCUCAAAAACGUCGAACAAGUGAAGGCAGAUGAUGAUCCCACAAGAUAUUCAGAUGCUAUAGACAAAAUAUUGGAAUUUAUUGAUGACAUAGAUACUUCAAAUGACUUCCAUAAAAUUGGCGGCUUCAUGAUAUUGUUCCCAUGUCUACGCUCGCCCCAUCCCAGGAUCCGUGUAGGUGGCUGUGAACUUUUAGCAGUUCUUUGUCAGAACAACCCUUACUGCCAGCAGGUGAUCAUUGACAAUGGUUUUGUAUCUGAACUGCUCAGGAUUGUGGAAAAAGAUGAAGAUAUCAAUGUUUGUAUUAAGGCUCUCUAUGCCCUUGGAGGAAUAACAAGAGAUAACAGGGAGGCUCUUGAACAAUUGUUGUCACACAAUGGAUUGGAGGUGGUUGUCAACACUUUGAAGAGGAACAACGAAAAGCUGAUCACCAAAGCAACUUUUAUGUUAUCUGCAUUUUGCCGUAUGAUUCCAGAGUUGAAAGUACUAACAAAUGUAUGCUCUUAUUGUACAAAUAGUCAUUUUCAUGGGACGUCAAAACGGUAACCUUGCCCUCGAUCUUACUCACAGUUUGGCGAAGCUCCUCGGUACAAUGUUUCAAGUAUGAAGAAAUUAUAUUUUAUGUAUAUGAAGAAUAGUAGUAGUAAAAGUUACUGAGUAUCAAAGGAACAGGGGAAAAGUGGAAUUUUCUUACAGCUACGGAAAAAAUGGUAGCACUGGAUUGUAUUUCAACAUUGAUUUCAUUACUGACAUUGGACCCAGGGCUCGUCAAUGAACACAUACUCUCUCUAUUGGUAGAGUUGGUGGAUGGAAAUGAGAAGUGUAUCCAACAAUGCAGAGACGCAAAGUAUAAUCUGAAAGACUUCAUCCAUAGGUAUAUGGACAACAUCAAGCAGAAUGAUGAGUAUAAGGAACAGGAAGAAUACUGCAAGAGGAUAUUGCAUGUGCUGAACGCAGCUGAAUCUUAGAAGAUAUGAUUCUGUUCGAUUUUUGUCUCUAUGUUUAUUUUUCAUUAUCCUUCUUGGAAAAAUUAGAAUCUAUCUGAAGAACUGUGUUAUUAUAUAAAAUUAUUUGCAGAGCACAAGGUAUUUUAUUAACAAUCCAUUCGCAACCCAAUCAACCUUGAAACAUUAUUUCAGAAAGAAAAAUCAAUACAAUCAAACCUGAAGCUCAGA